AUGGCAGACCUUGACAUUAUUGUAAAAAUGAUCAUUUACAGGUGCAGAGAGCUUGGAAACCCUGUCACUGAGCCACUCGCAGCAUACGUUGCCCAGACAGUUGUUAAUGAAGAGACUGGCAAGUUCUAUAUGGAAGACCAACUCAGUGAGGAAGAGGCUAAGGACCUGGCUGAGAAAGUUAUCACUAGGCUCCAAGAAACUGAUUCACCCAGUUUGAAUACUAUCAAGCUCCAGAUAGGCUAUGAUAGCGCCUAUGUACAGCAGGAGUACCACAGACAACAAAAUAUAACUAAUUUGUCUCAUGAAAGUAACAGGCUGAUCGAUGAGAUUGUUUCUUAUGAACCUCGGUCAGGAAAUGAUUUUGAAGGUAUCACUAUGCUUUAUAAGAGAAUCUUCAAUUACCUCUUGUACAAGAACAAGCAGCAUAUUAUUGGAAAUUUCUCAUCUAUUAAGUUAACUCAGAGCAUAUCAAAUACCAUUGAGAGAGAAGUAGCAGCUGCGUUAGAAUCUGUGCUUCCUAGGGCAGGACUCAGGCCCUUCAUUUCUCUGGCUACAGCUGAGAAAGUAGCACAACUAUGAGAGCUGUCCAACAUUGUCAUCGGAAUCAGACUAUUUAACAGAGAUAUUGGAAAGGGAGGUGUAGGCUUAGAGAGCUUUGAUGAUAUCAUCAAUCACCCAGCCAGGAACCUUAUCAACGAGCUUAAUGACGAAGUAGCUGAGAUAAUGGAGAGCAGUGAUAACUACACUAUCUACUUCAAUGUCCUUGAAGAGCUCGGUGAGGAAGCUGGCACUGAAGACGACAUCAGGCUCUACAAAGAUGAAUUGACCUAUAAAAGACAGUUUUUGAUCUACAUUCUUGAGCUGAAGUCAGAUGUCCAAAUUUCAGAGGGAAACAUAGAUGAUUUGCAGUCAAAGUAUACUAAAGAAAUUACAGAGCUGAAGGAACUGAUUGGAAAUAAGUCUUCGAUUCCUAAGGAUCAGGUUUACCCAAAGUUUGACAAUCUUUCCCAGAUUUAUUCCCAAUUACUCGAGGAGAAGAACCUAGCUAUUCUGAGAAAGGAACUAUUCAAGGUCCUACUCGAGUUUAAGGAGCUCAAUAUCGAAGCUACUUCACUUCAAGAAAGUUUGAUCAAGAAGGCUAAGGUCUUGUAUGUUGAGAAAGCUCAGAGAUUAGCUGAAUAUGAAGCUCAGAUUGCACAAAAUAUGGAAAGCCAGCAAGUUGGAGAUCCUGAUCAGAGUAUCCUUAGGCUGAUGCCUAAUAAUACUCCUGAUUUCAUGCACAUUCCUCUGGAUUAUUUAGGGUUCUGUCUCUGGACUAUUGUUGAGAAAGGAGGAUUGCUCAUGCCUGGUAAACCAAAUCUAGGAGUGUUUAAGUUCAAAGAGCGUUACAUAGUAUUCUCAGACGAAAGUUCAAUCGAGCAAUUCCUGACAGAUCCAGAUGGCUAUCUUCAAAAAGUGAUUGACAUCUGUAGGGCUAAUCCAGAAUUGAUUCAUCUGCUAAAGCUUCAGGAAGAUUUCCCAGAUGCUUCGCUAACAGCUCUGUUACAAGGAAAGGAUGGAAUGCAUCCAUUGUUCUCGAUCUCUCCUCUGAUGGUGAACAAAGCUGUUGAAACUCCUACUCAUUUCAUAGAGAAGCAUAUCUCCCCUGACUACCACUGGAACGAAUGGGAAUUGAGGAAGAAGGCACUACAGAUGGCUAAUAUUAGGAACAAGCAGACAGUAAGCAGUCAGACCUUACUUUCAAACUUCAGAAGAGAGAACGAUACUCAGACAUGGCUUCCAAAGGACCAAGAGACCAAUACCGGCAAGAGCGUUGGAGUCCAGAUCAGGGACCCCAAGCAAUGGAGAGGAACUGAGCACGAUUCAAUGCCAUAA